AUGGCCGCCACUCGUGUCUUCACCUCCCGCAUGGCCUCCGUCAUGGCCCAGACCUCCAAGGUCGCCCGCCCUGCUGCUCGCUUCCAGCUCAACGCUGCCACCAAGCGCACCUUCACCCAGAAGGCCCCCGCCUUCGGUGCCCCCAAGCGCAUCCAGUCGCCCACUCUCCUCCAGGCCAAGGCCUUCCAGACUGCCGCCCGCCGCCAGUACUCCUCCGAGGUCGCCUCCGCCAUGGUUGAGGUCUCCAAGAACAUCGGUAUGGGUUCCGCCGCCAUCGGUCUCGGUGGUGCCGGUAUCGGUAUCGGUCUCGUCUUCGCCGCUCUCCUCAUGAGUGUCUCCCGCAACCCUGCCCUCCGUGGCCAGCUCUUCUCCUACGCCAUUCUUGGCUUUGCCUUCGUCGAGGCCAUGGGUCUCUUCGAUCUCAUGGUUGCCAUGAUGUGCAAGUACGUCUAA